CAGAUUUAUUUUUCUGCCGUCUUUUUCCGAGUCAGUUCCAGCGUUCCAGGGCACAAGCCCCCUUUGCGGCGAUCGCCGGGGAGCGAGGAGGGGAGGAAGCGAUGGAUGCGGCGCCGGGCGUGAAGCCGAGGCGGGAGCCGCCUCCCGUCCCUCCCAACUACGUCAGCCUCCGGCGCCUCCAGGAGCUCCGCCUCAAGGAGAAGGAGGAGCAGGAGAGGCGGCGGCGGGAGGAGGAGGAGGCCGCGGCUAGGCAGGAGGCGGAGAGGCGGCGGCGGGAGGAGGAGGAGGCUGCGGCUAGGCGGGAGGCGGAGAGGGCCGCCGCGAUUAAGCGGGAGGCGGCGCUGAAGGUGGAGGCGAAGGGCCGCGCCGUCUCGCGGGAGGCCUCCGGCGGGUCCAAGGAGAGGCAUCGCCGCGGCGGGCAGGUGCAAGGGCAGGGGAACCAGUCGGUUGCCGUGGCGCAUAUAGUCCCGGCCACGGCUCCGUGGCCGAUGGGGCGCCGGCAAGGCGCGGGCGGGAAGAACGAAGCGGCGAUAGGAGGCGUCCAUGGCGAGAAGGGGCCGGACGAUGCCCCCCAUGGUGGAGGCACGCACCGGGUGAAGGGGAAGUGGAAGGGAAAGGGGAAGGAGAAGCUGGCCGAAGCGCUUCCUGCUUCAUCGCGAGGAGGCAAGCCGGAGAACAAAAGUGAAUCCAAGGCGAAGGGGAAGGGUCCCGGAGAUCAGGCCGCGGAAUCGAGCUCCAGUGACGGGCCAGGCGAGCCGGCCGACGCAGCCAUCUUGCCCUCACGAGGCCGAUUCCGGCGCGGGAGACCGACGGGCGCUGGUGGCCGCAGCGCAGAGACGUGCGCGGGAAUCGCGCCGGAGAAGGCGGCCGGCCCGCCGCCGCCGCCAGGCGCCAAGUCGGACGACAUGGGGAAGCUGAAACCCUCGGCUCCCAGGCGCGCAGACGUGAUGUCUGGCAGCAGCGAUUCGCCGGACGGGAUGAAGGCGGCUCCGGCCCAGGCGCCGCCCCCCUCUGCCGCCGACGGCAGCAGCAAACCGACGAGCGGCGGCGAGCUCCGCGAGACCACGGAGGAAAAGCCCAGGGGCCUAGUGGAAGGGCAGCGCCGGCGGCAGGUGGUGGAUGUUCAUGCCGUGGCUGAGCUGAACCCACGGGGUGCGAGGUGUUCCGCUAGGCCCUGGCGCGGCCGAGGCAAUGAGGCCACAGAGCAGCACGGGCGAGUUUGGGUGCCAAAGGCGGCGGCGACCGGAUCAUCUGCCGGCGCCGGGCUUUGAAAUUGCCGGAGUAGAUGAAUAAUUGGGCUGCGACUGAAUGCUUGGAGCUUGGGGUGAAUUCCACUGCUGAUGGGAUUAUCUGGGAAAAGAAUCGAAGUGUUGUUCUUGUUCCUCAAUCUAUUUGGCGACACGGCAUUUGUGUUCUGCUUCAAAUAGAGGCUCUGCUGGGGGGGGGGGGGGGGGGGGGGGGCACUAGUGACUGAAUUAUUGCAAAAUCUCCCCUUGGUUGAUGGCAGCAAUAGCAUUCUAGUCUCCCAGAAAGUACAAUACUUCGAUAUCCAAAAUGCUUUAUAAGCAAAACUUCUAGCUCCCUCUCAACUGCUUGCAAAGGGAUAUUUACAUUGGCUCUGUUGCCCUGAAUUAAUGUUCAAAUUCUACUUUC